GGUUCAAGGCGCAUAUAGGUACUGUAUGCGGACUCAGUUUUUCGCCUAAAUAUAUUAUCCAAAAUUGUUCCGUUUAUUGUUCGCGUAUCUGUUGGUAUACGCUUUAUGCUCUACUGUAGACGUUUUAAUUUCCUCUACGCCUUUCAGAAGCAGAGGAGCCUGUAGGAGGCGAUGUAGACUCCAGUGAGGAAUGUGGAACACAGAUGUGCAUCCAGUGUGUGUGUGUGUGAGAGAGGACCAUAGACUAAAAAGAACAGAGUACAGAUUUUGCAUUGUGUGCUAGGCUACGUCAUUGUGAUCCCCGAGAAUUCUCUCUGCUCCCCACAUCGUCACUCCGACCGGUCCUCGACUCUGAAACGGCUUCGACUAGAUAGUAUCACCAGGUCAAUCUAAUGGGACAAUCGAGGCGUUUGAUUCCAUUUGCCUCGUCGCACUGAGGUUGGAGAGAAGGACAUUAGCCUACCACCCCGAAGUGAAAAUCAAACCCCAACGAAAUGACAACCAAGGAGUCAGAGAAUGUGGGUCUCUCCAUACCACUGUGCAUCUACAACGGGGCUUCCCAAACCAACGGCACCUGCAUGGACCAAAUGGACCGCUUCUUCCAGCCGUUCUCCUCUACCUUUGCGCUCAUGGUGCUGGUGGCCAUGAUCAUUGGGAUAAUAUUGGUUUCCCUGGCAGCAUUUCACUUUAACAAGAGGAGGAUGAAGAAGAGGAAGAUCCAGCGUGCCCAGGAGGAAUACGAGCGUGACAACCGCAGCCCGUCCACCAAGACGAAGAGAGAAGCCACGAGACCAUCCAUUAUUGUCCGACCGUCGCCUCCAGAUAGUGAACACCGGCCACACUCCGUUGUCCAAAAUACCAGUUGUCACAUUCAGGAGGACCCUGGUACCUUACCCAUUGCAAAUAAUGAGUCAGAAUUGGAUAUGGCACACAUUGAGAAAGGAAAUGGACAAGUCCUUGAAACGGUCAUCUUGUCUUGAUAACGCUGCAGUUGAAAAUGUUGGGACUUUGUAAAUAGACAACAUAUCCACGUUAUAGUUCAGGUGUAACUGACUGAAAGAAACUCUUAACAUCAAUUUGGGAUUAACUGGGAUAAGCAAUAUGGCACAAAAACAAACACUCUGACCUCAAGGAACUAUGGUUGCCAUUUCAUCAUAAAUCACACUGAGUGGAUUAAUAUCUGUGCCACGUGUAUAAAAGUAGAAUAAUUCAGUAUAUUAUAAUACAUUUGUGGGAUAAUUUCAGCAAAGGACCAUUUGGUAAAGUAUUCUACAUUGAAGACAGGCUAUGCGUGAAGGAUAAUGAUGCCCACUAGAAAGAGUGCUGUCCAUGGUGCUGAAAUGUAUAUUCAUGUGCCGCUAGCACAUUUCCUUGUGUAGAUGUAAAUUGCUAGUCGUCCUUAAAGUAUUUUAAAGUAUUUAUUUCUACAACUACUAUUCUACUCCUGGACUUGCAAAUUUUAGAAUUAGAUUUCUAACUAAAGGCAUUUUCCCUAAAAGUUCAUUCAACCUUUUUAAAAGUAACUGUCCAGGGAAAAUCUCACUUUUAAAAGUUCAUAUUCUGUUAUCUCAUACCCAAAUAAUGUUGUUGACUCAUCCUAUACACGUAUGCGACCAAAGCAUAAAAAUAAACCUCAAACUUGUUUCUCAAACAGACCAUUUCGAAAAUGCUUGCUAUUUCCUCACAGAGGAUUAUGUCAUCCUCCUGAGGAGAAUGAGCUGGCCAAUCAACAGUCUACCCGCAUUCAUAUUUUUUCAGUGAUAUGCGCACAAUUCUGUUGUUGGGAUACACCCACACCAUUCCAACAUAUCAAAACAUAGUAUUCCUUCCAAAAAAGGUUAAUUAACUAUUUCUAUCAUAUAUAAUAGAAAUCUGGAAACACUGGACAGUUACUUUAAAACCAGUACCACAUAACACGAUUGACUUUAUACAUCAUUCAGUAGCUACUGUCAGGCUUGAAAUGGGUGACAUAGCACAUUUUCUGGUGACCAUGCAUUCCUCUUAGUGUUAAUCCAUUUUAUUUUAUUUCGACAAUGCUUUCAAAAGAAGAGCUAGUAGAUGUCGGAAGAUGCCUUGAGAGGAACUAGACUCCGAUUGGCAUGUGCUAUGUAUGGCGCCGUUUUCCAAAGUUUUACAGGAGCUAUCAAAUAAAGCUUUUAAGUCAUGUUUGAAAAGGUUUCACAAUCCUACUUCAGGCUUUUGGCUUUGUUAAAAGUGUGGCAAGAGGCUUAAGUUGUAAUUUGUUGCAAUUAGUUAGUGCAGACUGCAUUUAAAAAAUAGACUCAAAUCAUUAUUUUCAGAGUUACAUAGUUUCAUUUAAAUGACGUAUUUUUAUUGGUAGUUGAUCAUCUGCCUUUAGUUUGUAAUAUUGCACUCUUACAGAUGUCAUGAACUUUCAUGUGCCAGGUGGUAGCUGUGGGUCUUAAUAUAGCACUUUCACUAUUUAUAAUGUAUCCUCUGAAAUGUAAUAAAUCGGGAAUCA